AAUCAUUACGUAGCCAAUUUUUUUAAUUUAAAUGAUCGUGUACAUACAGACUGUACAUAACAUUGAGUUGUAAUCUUAAGGGUUUUUGAUAUUUCUUCCUGGGAAGAUAUCAUUGUGAUUGUUCUCUAUACAUCGGAAAAAAUAUUCUCUCUACCUUAGAAACUUUAUCUCAAUUCGAGAAUUUUUUUUUUUUUUAAACAGUUCUUUUUGGUGUUGAAAAAAAAUUCUGACGGUAGCAAAAAAAUUUAGAGAUUCAAAAGAAAUUGUCGCCUUGGUUAUAGGCAAUUUAUUCCUUAAUCCAGAAACAUUUUUUCUAAUGUUGAGCAUUUUUUUUCGGUGUGCGAUUUAAAAAAUCGUCUGAUUUAUAUAUUCGUGGGUUUUCGGUUGCCAGGAGAGUGAUGCAAUGGUGCGGUGUUAUGCUCUGUUCUAUUUUUUUCGUGCAACGAGAACGAGGAAUUUUGCUUCGUAAUAUUCAUAGACGAGAGUGGGGCAAAACGACUACUCGACUUUUCGAAAGGACCCGAGAAAAGUUCGAAUGUUCAUUUUACUCCCUCGGCUAUCGCUCUUUACUUCUAAUGGGAUAGUUCAAAUUAUACAGCUAAUGUAAUUUAAGUAAAAUUUUUCUUAUCGAAUGAACUGUAACGUCGACUUUUCACAACUUAAAAAAAAUUAAACUAAAAAAAAUUGAAUAAAAACUGAUGAAAGGUGAGCAUGGCAUUAGAAUUUAAAAAAUUAUUAAGAGAUUAUUAACAAAAACGGAAUUAUAUCGGAAUUGGGAGUGCGAGCGGGAUUAUUGCCCCAGGUGUAAUAGAAGGAGAAAGUGAAAUGAGAUUAUCAAUUUUAAAACUGGGGACUAUCGUUUCUCGACUUUCGUGUGAGACUGGCGUAUGCCAGUUGCCAGAUUGCAGUGACUUGCCAAAGGGGAUUUGAAGGACGAAUAAACAUGGCCGCCCACUAUUUUCUGGCAGUACUGGGUAUUUGAAUUUGCUCGAUUUAAACUCUAGGAUAGGAGGACCUCAAACCACAGAUGAGAUGGAGUCGUUCCUGGCGCUGUUUGACACUGGGGAACCGAAGAGCAAGAGGAGAGAGUCCUGGGGGAAGGGAAAUGAAUGCGAUCGGGGAAAUGAUGAGGAUAAUGAGGAGAGUCUACCCCCUGAGCCCGAACAGGGAAAUGUCGAGUACAAGUUGAAGCUGGUGAAUCCAUCAUCACAGAGGUUUGAGCACCUGGUGACGCAGAUGAAGUGGAGGCUCAGGGAGGGACAUGGAGAGGCUAUUUAUCAAAUUGGUGUGGAGGACAAUGGAAGGCUAGCAGGUCUGUCUCGAGACGAGAUGAAAGCAUCACUCAAGACUCUUCGAGACAUGGCCUCGCGCCUGGGUGCGACGACUCGAGUCCUUCGAGAGCGAGUGACAAAAGCAAAAUCCAAGAAAAAACUCCCUGACGACAACCCCACAGAGAGACGAGUGGCAGAGGUAAUGGUGACAAAACUACGUAAAGGUGAUAGAGACGAUCAGGACAGUGUUAUAGACCUGCGAUUAGCAGUGGUGGGAUCCCAAGAUGCAGGGAAAUCGACUCUUCUGGGUGUGUUGACCCAGGGGGAGCUGGACAAUGGCCGGGGGAGGGCGAGACUCAACAUGCUACGACACCUGCACGAGAUCAGAACAGGAAGAACAUCCUCGAUAUCCCACGAGAUAAUUGGAUUUGAUCCUGUGGGUCACGUCCUCAACUACGCAGAGAUGACGACAGCAGAGGAGAUCUGCGAGCACGCAUCCAAGGUCGUGACAUUUAUCGAUUUAGCUGGACACAGGAAAUACCUGAGGACAACACUCCUGGGACUGAUGGGCUACUCACCUCACCACGUAAUGCUGGUAGUGGCACCUCCCCUGAACGAAGCUGCCCAAGAGCACAUGGCCCUGUGUCUAGCCCUGCACCUUCCCUUCUUCAUUGUCGUCACGAAAACAGAUCUGGGCCUGUGCGACUAUCGACAGACUCUCAUGCAGCUAGAGAGCGCUGUGAGGGCCCAGGGUUGUGGCAAAGAUCUCGUCCUCUGCAGCAACAACAACGAUCUCCUUCAGCACUACGAAUCCAAUAUUAUUCCUGUGUUCACUGUUAGUUCGGUGACAGGUGCUGGCCUUGAAGAGCUCACCAACUUCAUUAAGGAUCUCUCACCCUCGGAGUCUUCGACGUGUGAUACAGAGCCUGGCACCUGUCUCUUUCAGAUUGAUGAGACUUUCAGGGUCGCUGGUCUCAGUGAACCUGUGCUUGGGGGCCUCCUCGUCAAGGGUGCCAUUGCACCAGGAGCUAGACUACUUGUGGGACCUCUCCCCGAUGGUGAGUUCAGUCCUGUGAAGGUCGUCAGUCUGCACAGGAAUAAAGCCCCCUGCUGUGUUGUCAGAGCAUCACAGAGUGCUAGUCUCACUCUUGCACCCAGCAAUAAUCGAGGGGGACUGCCCCAUUUCAGGCCUGGAAUGGUGCUCGUUAGUGGCGGAGAUCAUCCACACGCCACGGUUUUUUUUCAGGCAACUGUUCUGGUUGUUUACCACGCUACAGCGAUAUACCCCGGCUUCCAAGCGACUGUCCACGUGGGGAAUGUCAGGCAAACGUGCGUGAUGGAGGGAAUAAUGGAUAUCAAGGAAGAGGGCCUGCAGACCAACGACACAGCGUCAGUUCUCUUCAGGUUCGUCAGUCACCCAGAGUAUCUCCACGUGGGGAUGAGACUCCUCUUCAGGGAGGGUAGGGCCAAGGGUAUCGGCAAAAUCACUCAGGUGUUUCCACUGAUAGGCUCCGAGAGUAGCCCGAAAUAAUGAAAAAGUAUUUCGUUCUGUUAAAAUUCAAGUGAUUUUCUCUCAGUCUUGACAAGUAACUUAAAAGUAAUUCAAUUUUUAAUUUCUGGAGCUUUGGAAUAUGAAGUAUUGAAGUGUUUAACUGCUCUAGGGUAGAACUACCCUUAAAGAUUUACCAGUUAUCAUGUGAUAUAAGAAAUGAUGUUCAAUAGCUGAUGGAGGUUAAUGUAUAUAAUACAGAUUGUACUUAUAGUGUAAUUGCGUAUGAUAUCCAUGUGGUGGAUUAUUACCACAAGACUUGGGAUGUUUUCUGCUUGUGAAACAAGAAUAUCGUUGAUAUUUUUGUAUAAAUAUUACUCGGCUCAACAGAAUGCUUUAGCUACGAAACUAAUUUAUGUACCAAAAAGUGGAAUAAAUCUUCAGUUUCCAGUUAA